AUGGCAACUCCCCGACCGCACAUCGAGCUGCCGCCCGGCAAGGAGGUGGUCAGCGUGAAGAUGAUCAACCCCGUCAAUUUCGGACCAGCUGUCAUUAAACGGUUCAUGGAGCCCCCUGUGCCUGGCGUGGAAACAAAGAAGCCUGGGCCUGUUUUGACGUUCCUUUUGGAACACCCUUCAGGUCAAAAGCUGGUUUUUGAUCUUGGAAUCCGGAAGGAUUAUCAGAACUAUGCGCCCACUGUGGCAGAUUAUAUACCAACAACAAAUUAUGACAUACAAGUAUCAAAAAAUGUGAUUGACAUCCUGGAAGAGAAUGGCAUCCCUGGGGAGAGCAUUAAUGCGGUUAUCUGGAGCCACUGGCACUGGGACCACAUUGGAGACCCAUCAAGCUUCCCUAGUAGCACUGAGUUGAUAGUGGGCUCCGGCUUCUCAGAUGCCAUGUUGCCUGGUUAUCCUGCCAAUCCCAAAUCUCCUAUUAGGGAGAGCGAUUACGCUGGUCGAUCCCUGCGAGAGAUAACAUUUGAUGGUCCCGAUGCCCUGCGCAUUGGGAAGUUCCCUGCAGUUGAUUACUUUGGCGAUGGAUCGUUUUACCUUUUGGAUAGCCCGGGUCAUGCAAUUGGGCAUCUUUGCGGUUUAGCAAGAACGACUGUAGAUCCCCCUACAUUUGUCAUGAUGGGAGGAGAUAUCUGUCACUACGCGGGCAUCUUUCGACCAUCGAAGUAUCUUCCUGUGCCCGCGUCAAUCUCUCCACAUCCGUAUAAUGCACAAAGCGAGGUACCAUUCUGCCCUGGCAGUGUCUUCGAUGACCUGCAGCACACGAGAGGCAGAAAGCCAACAGAUACAAUGUACGAAAUGUGUUUUGGUCAUGAUAUCCCUCUUGCGCAGAAGACUCGUGACCAAUUGCAAGAAUUAGACUGCGACGAAAACAUCUUCGUUAUUAUUGCACAUGAUUCAAGUGUUCGAGAUGGGGUUGAACACUUUCCAUUGAGUCUCAAUAGUUGGAAGGAGAAGGGAUGGGCUCAGAAUGUCAAGUGGACUUGGUUUCGGGAUCUGGAACCCUAUUGGAGGUCGAAGGGCUUGUAG